GUCCGGCAUCACAGAUAUGGACCAUAUACCUCAGAUCGAUCCCCGCCUCGCUGACAUCGGUCAGAAGGUGGAAACCGAUCUUACGUCUUCAACAACUCUUCCACCACUUUAUCACCCUGCUGGAUACGAUGCUUCCCAACAACCCAAUUACUCACCAGAUACCCCGCAAUUGCGUGAUUUCGGUGUUAACAACAACGACGAUGGAGCCUCCGAUCCAAACCAAUACAUGGCGCAGGCAGGAGGUACGCCGGAAGAAGGCACAAACGACCUGAAGAGGCCGCGGGCCUGCGAGGCCUGUCGAGGCUUGAAAGUUAAAUGCGAAUUUGACCCUAACAACCAAGAGGGACCAUGCCGAAGAUGUACAAAGGCACGCCGGAACUGCGUGGUCACUCAGCCGAGUAGGAAACGCCAGAAGAAGACUGACAGUCGCGUGGCAGAGUUGGAGAAGAAAAUAGAUGCCUUAACAGCGGUGCUCCAUGCCACAAGAUCCGAUACCAUCCCGCACAGUGUUACCGAUACUCCAGAGUCACUCGAGCGCCGCCCUUCAAAUCCAUAUGAGCAAGUUACGAAUGGCGGAUAUGGGCCUCAGUUUGGGAUGCGCCCUGAACCUCAAAACUCAAAACCAAACGACUGGGCAGUACCGGAUCGCCAGUAUCCCAGAAUGCCAGAUGUCGAUAGAGCGGAACCCGUACAAAUACACAGACCAUCCAUAGAUAGGGCGGAUUCUGGCUCCACCGCCAGACCGCAGAUUGUCGUUGCGGGCCAGAAAAGGAAAUAUCAGGAUGCUCGAGACUCGAGCGGGCAGAGUUCAGCAGUCGACACUCAAAGCGCAAGCCAGUUUCCACAUCGCAUGAAUAGCUAUAUCUCAGGGCGUGACGAAGGAACUAAUUCACCACUUUCUACGCGGCCAAAUGCAUCCAAUGAGUAUGCCGAUGUUAUCGAUAGGGGUGUCAUUACUGCAGAGUCGGCAACGGCAUUGUUCAAUAGAUAUGUAAAUGACAUGUCUCCGCACAUGCCCGCAGUCGUAUUUCCGCCAGGCACAACUGCAGCUGAUAUCCGCAAAUCAAAGCCCACUCUAUUCUUGGCAAUACUGAGUGCGGGUGCUUCAACUGAUCACCCAGAAGUUCAAAAGGUGUUUACCAAGGAAGUGAUGCAGAUAUACGCAGAUAAGAUUAUCUGCCAUGGAGAGAAGACUCUCGAAUUGGUCCAGGCCUUACUUGUUAGCACAAUAUGGUACUGGCCGCCAGAACAUUUUGAAGAACUGAAAUUCUAUCAGCUCAUCCAUCUUGCGGCAGUUAUGGCCAUUGAAAUCAAUAUAAGCAAGAAAAACAGCUCAAGUCAGGCACCAAAGUCUAUGGCUGGGCUGUGGAAAGAUCAUUUAUGGCGCCGAACCGCAUUUCCGGAUGCCUCUUCUAUCGAAGCGAGGCGGACGUGGGUUAGCUGCUAUUUCUUAUGUUGCAAUGCUGCCAUGGGGCUACGUCGCUCGAAUCUUAUCCGAUGGACAUCAUAUAUGGGCGAAUGCGUUGAAGUUCUUGAAACCUCUCCUGACGCAGCGCCAUCAGACAAAGUUCUGUGUCAAUGGGUCAGGAGCCAACAUAUUGCAGAGGAGGUGGGAACCCAGUUCUCAAUGGACGAUUCAUUUGCGUCAGUUAGCAUUACCGAUCCCAAAGUUCAGUAUGCUUUGAAGGGAUUUGAGAGAGACUUGGAGCACUGGAGCAGCCACAUACCCAACGACAUACAAAACCCCCUGUUGAAGAUGACGGAGCAUCUUGUAAAUCUGUACAUGCAUGAGGUUGCCAUGCAUGUCGAUCAUAAUGUUGAGUCAUUUAAUGCUCCGUUUACAGAGGAAAAGCUGCGAGGCCCCGACAACCCUGACCAGCAAGCAUCGCGACCCCUUACGCCAACUCAUAUUGCCGCUUUAUCAACUUGCCUAACCUCAAUUGAUGGAGUUUUCGAGGCUUUUAUGUCCCUUGAUGUUGAUACUAUAAGAGCACUACCUGUUAUGCACUUCGUUCGCAUUGCAUACGCAGUUGUUGUGUUAAUCAAGAUGCAUUUCGCCGCUGCAACUCCCGGCUCUGAGCUUGGCAAAGUGAUUGACAAAAACAACAUGAAAGUUGAACAGUACCUUGAUGGCCUGCUCGAAAGGUUUAAGGCCACCGCUGCUGAUAACAAGUCACGCCCGGGGUCAAAAUUUCUGAUGGUACUAAUCAUGCUCAAGACUUGGUUUCACCGCCAAACAAACGGCAAGGCAAACAACAUGCCGACCGAGGCCGGUGGUCAAGGCAAAACGAACAUUCCCAAACAUCAUCAUCAAACCCCCGAGCACCAACAGCAGAAAACAUUUAGCCCGGCCAACACGCCGCUUCAGCUUCUCAGCGAAGUGGCUACUGGAAGCAGUGCGGCACAAACACCUCGUCUCGAUACACGCACACAAUAUCCACCCAUGUCUCAACGCCUCUGGGCACAACAAGCAAGUCAGCCACUAAACUACCCCGACUCAAAUGGGGCUCACGCUGCUCAGGGAUACAACAAUAUGGGUUAUAAUAUCGAUCCUGCACUGGGCGCAAAUGAACCCGUGGAGUACGAUCCAUCUGCGGGUGACGGUUUCGAGCAGACCGUAGGGAUGACGAUUGCGGAGGGGCAACUGGGUCAGUAUUUCAGUGACGAUGCGUUCUUCGGGGUGAUGAUGGAGGGGCUGCCGCCGAUUUCAUUUGACGACUUUCAAUGGAAUAGCGGUCCGCUAGACCUCAGUAAUAAAGGCGGUAUGUAAAGAUGGACCACGCUUUGAGACGAUAUGAAUGAUAAUGGAAGGGGCAAUGACUUUACGAGGUUUGAAUUUUGUACUUGCUAUAUACUACCCAUUACUUUAAUUGCCAGUAUGAUAUACGAAUUUAGUAUAAAAUGUGUAUUGU